AUGGUGGUGCAAGAGCCGUUUGAGCAGCAGAUGGUUGACGUGGUGCGCGGGAUGCCGGAAGGUUGGAUUGGAGAAAGCGAGCUAACGCUGCGCCUCUACCGCAAACUCAAUCAGCAACGUCAUACGAACAAUACGGCUCUGCAGAACCGGAUUCAGGAGCACCUGGCCGCUCUUUCUGUGCUUGAUGGGGCGCAGCUUGUCGUCGAUCGUCUUUUAGCCCUAUCAGCCACGCAGAUUUCGAAGCAGGUUGAAUCUGCGACUGGCACUCAGUUAUGCCAACUCCGGCGAUUCAUCCACAGCUUCGUCAUUGAAGAAUUUGUGGAGCGAGUGACGAGAACGUUAGAAGGGCGAUUGGCCGAGGCGCUGAAGCUGGAUGAUGCGCGAACUGUGGCUAGCAGCGAAUCGCCAAUCCUGCCAUCUGCCGAACAAGUCCGAGAUAUGUGCAAUGAAAUUAACGAGUUCAUCAUGCAGAUGGAUAAUUAUGCCCCAAGAUUUGCAGCCGUUUGGCUUCUGGUCCUCUCCGAAUACACCCGCCACAUCAACGAGCUGUACGAAAAGACAACAGCUCCCGUGUGGUUGUCUGCAGAGGCGCGCAAAUUGAUAGACUCCCUUCCUUCGAACGUCCGCAAAGCUAUACGCGAGCAUCCUGUUCAUGUCACCUAUCGAGACGGAAAAGUGUCGCAAGAUGAGCCCGUGUUGAAGGGCCUUGAUGCGAGCAUUAGCCAGUUGCAAUCCGUCUCCGCCACCUGCCUUCUCAUGCUUCAUCUGGAGCUCCGUGUGCACUGCUUCUUUCACCUGUUGCCUCUGGCUCGCCUUCGACAAGCCACAUCCCAUGAGGACACCGACCCGGAAGUCGUUGAGCUCGGAAAAGAUCUCCAGGCUUUCCACUCGCUUCUGGCCACGUACUUGAGCCCGCAAAAAAUGAGAUAUAUCUUUGACGGUCUUGGGCAUCUGUGUGCCGCCAUCUUUAUCCACUCGAGUCAGCACAUGCAACGCCUGACGGAAAUUGGAAGAAAACGUGUGACGCGUAAUAUUUGGGGGGUUCAGCAACGGCUUGCCCAGCUGACAGCCCGUCGCGAAGCUGAACUCGAUCGUGCACGAACUUUCUUCGAGUUGCUCUCCCAUGAACCGGACGAACUUCUUUGCGUGCUUGCCGAUAGAAGGACGAAAAUACCGACAACUUUGAUGCACGACGACGACGACGACACGACGCAACUCCCCUUCAGUUUUAUUAAAAGUCAAAAACAUCGCGAC